UAAAGACGAAGGUACUCUUCUGUUCUUCCCUGACGCACAAGAAGGAACUCUUCUGCUGUUCCUUCACGCACAAACGUUGAUCCAAACAGACGAAUCUGAGAGCACGAUUAUUUUGACGCACAGCAAAGCAUUGGUGGUAGCCAUCAUGGAUUCAAACUUCGACUCUCCACCCGCUGCAGACGGUGGUGAUGCAAAAGCAGCAUUUCGCAAGCCUGCAACUGAUGCAGCCAACAGGAAGUACCGGCGCCGUUCUCCAGUUGGCGGUUCAUCUCCCUCUGAUGGGAGUCCUAUGCAUGAGCAUAACUGUAGCCCAAAAAAUUCAAGGCAAGACCCUGGAAAAGUCUCUGAAUAUCAAACAAGAAGGAGAGAUGAUGAGAGGGAAUUAGAGAGGGAUUCAAACAGGAGGUAUUAUGGAAGAAGCAGUGAUUCCUACCGGCAUUCUGAUAGACAAUCCUCCAAAAGUUUGCAUGGGUACUAUAAGCAUGAUGACUGCAUCAAACAUGACAAACAUGCUGAUGAAGAAGAUAAAAAUUAUCAGAAGUUAUCUUCUCGUUCUGCUAGGGAGUCAAGAGGUAGUGCUCAUUAUGAUCAUAUUAGGUCAAGAGACUAUUCAAGAAAUAUGGACAAAUAUUCUCGUGAUAAAUAUGAUGGUUCUGGAUAUAGGAACAAGGAUAAAGAUAGAGAAUCUUCAUUUCCUGAGAACCAGAAAUAUAAAGAUAAGGACUCAUCAUCUCUGAGAGUUGGAUCUGGCAGGAGACAUGGACAUUUUGAAGAGAUGGAAAGGGAACGAGACAGGCAUGCAUUGGACAGAGAUGUUCAGGAUGAGAAAAAGGAUUACCGUAGGAAUUCAGGUGAUUAUAUAAGCGAACGGAUUUUCUCAUAUGAAGAGUCCAAGGGGCAACGAAGUGACUCAAUUUCCAGGAGAGAUGAAGGUAAACAUCGCAUGAAAGAAGGUUACAAGAGUGAAUUAAAGGAAUUGGAUGAUGAUAACGUUUCCAAAGAGCAAAGGAAGAAAUAUGAUGAUAAGGAAACUAGUAGGGGCAACCGAAUUACUAGAGAACCAUCAGAGCGGUCUGCAGAUAAAGAUUAUAUAAAGAGCGAAAAUCAAGAAUCUACUGCAAAAAGACCAAAGUUAUUUAGCUCAGAGAAGGGCAUUGAUGGUCGAAAAGAUGUUUCAAAGUUCACAACUACAGCGGAUGGAAGGGAGUCUUCAAGUUCCAAGCAAGUUCAAGAAGAUGAAAUGACUACUGCAAAAAGUCAGUCCAAUGAUGCGGAGGCUGCUAAUGAUAUAAAUGCUGCCAAAGUUGCUGCGUUGAAAGCUGCUGAAUUGGUUAAUAGGAACCUUAUCGGUGUUGGCCCUGUGGGAUGCAUGACUGCUGACCAGAAGAAAAAGCUGCUGUGGGGAAACAAAAAGAGCACAACAGCAGAAGAGGUUGGCCACCGUUGGGAUACAACUUUGUUUCCUGACCGGGAAAGACAAGAAAAAUUCAACAAACUCAUGGGUGUGAAGGGCGAAGUAAAGGUGGAACAGAAACCCGAGAACGAAGAUCAGAAGCAGAAGGAACUCCAAAUGGAUUUAGAGAAGCAGUACACUCCCACCCACUUCUCUGUACAAUUUGGUUCUCCUGCUGGUGGGUUUUCACUGUGUCUGGAUGCCAUUUCAUUUCAUCUUAAAGUGGAAUUUUAG